UAUAUCAAUGACAAGGGAACCUCUGAUAAUGUUCAUAACACAUGGAGUUUAAAGUGUGCCGGGUCUGGUUUGUCAAUCAGAGAAAUGGAUAUCACAUACUACAGAUGUGAUUCCCUAAGCCAGCCGUACUAGGUCUGACAUUGAAGAUGGCGCCCUCUAUUGUUCCAUGGAUAGUCAUACUUUUUCUCCACAAUGUCAUGAAAGGUGUGGUGACACUCGCGAGUGGGAAUGCCGCAUACGACAUUGAGUUUACAAUGGAACAGAUGAGCAUGAACGACGUGUUAGCCGGUGUUGCAAACUCAACUCUUGCAGAGAUUGUUGCAGAAGGGGACAGACUCUGGGAUGAGGAGUUACAAGAUCAGUUGAAAACAUCUACCGUGCCCACAUUCAAUACAACAAUCUUGGAUAUCUUACAAAACGAGACAUAUCCUAGUGAGUCGACUUUGACAGACUCAACCACCAAGGCGAUGUACAGCAUGUGGUUAAACAGUACGACCAGUGAUGUGACAACUUGGCAUAAUCUGACAGAAACAAGUCAGUUGUUAGAGAAUUCUAAUUCUAGUCAAGAUAGUUAUAAAACAGAAACGUUUACAAGCUCUCCCCAAGACCCUAACUCCCACCGUCCUGAGGAUACAAGCUCUCCCCAAGACCCUAACUCCCACCGUCCUGAGGAUACUAGCUCUCCUCGUUCAGAGGACAGCACACCCUCAGUUCUGCAGGAUGUUACUCUCCACAAUGAUCAAUCCACAACUGCGCUUGAUUCUCAUAACACUAGCAUAAUAUCAAGCACAACAGAUUCGGAUAAAUUAGAAUCGACUGGGAACAAUUUGGUAGAGACAAGCACACAUACUAUUGUGAAGACCACAGAUAGGUCUACCGUGACUGAUUUGGGCCAAAAGGAUGGAUUACAAGACCACUCUACACGUCGGGGUGAUACGGAAAAUGCCACCCAGGGACUUCCACAACACACCAUGUUCAUGAUAGCCCUGGUCAUAAGCAUAAUUGUUACAAUCGUUCUGUUCACUUUCUCAGCAUAUGUUUGCUGUAAGAUCAAAAAGCGGAACAUACGUCAAGUGUAUGCUACCAGAACAAGUAAGGAAAAAUAUGGCAUGCAUAAUGUGGCAUUCGAUAUCAAGAUUGAAUCUUCCAACAACAACAGUGCCAAAACGGAGGAGAUCUCUGUGUAGAGAUAAGAGGAAUGUAUAGCAAACAGGGGCAACAAUUUAAACAUGGAUUCAAAAACUAGUAGUCAACGUUACAGUACGUCUGAGACUGUACAAUGUCCAGUUGCUCCAAGCCUAUGUAACAUAUGUACUGGUAGAUUGUAUUCAAGCAUAAUAAAGCUAAUGAUGUGAUAAGUGUAAA